CUCAGACUCCGAUGGCGGCCGCCACGCUGAGGGACCCGCCUCAGACUCCCAUGAGGACAGAAGUGCUUAGGGACUCUUCAAAGGGCUGUGUGACCUUUGAGGACGUGGCCAUUUACUUCUCACAGGAGGAGUGGGGGCUCCUUGAUGAAGCUCAGAGACACCUGUACCACAAGGUGAUGCUAGAGAACUUUGCACUUACAGCCUCGAUGGUUUGUUUGCAUGAAACAGAGACUAAAGAGACAUCUUCUGAGCAAAACCUUUCUCUAGAAGCUUUGUCACAGAUCAGGACUCCAAAGGUAGGUCCAGUCACCGAGAAUGCUCACCCCUGUGAGAAAUGUGUCCCAAUCCUGAAAGACAUUUUGUACCCUGCUGAUCUACCAGGGCAGAAACCAUACUUUCCUAGGGCAUCUGCAAACCUACAACAGCUUCAGAAGUAUUUCAGUACAGAGAAAAGUGACAUGGAUAAGGCAGCAUUUGUAAAGAGCUGCGUAGUCCAGGUGUCAGGGAAUCCCUUCACCUGUAGGAAGGUUGGAAUGGACUUACCAGGUACAUUGGGUCUCCUCCAGCACCAGAUCACUUCCAAUGGUAAGAAACCCAACAAAAUCACCAAGUUUGGGGAGACUUUUAAUGGUAGAAAAAGUCAUUACAAGUUGCGUGAAUGUGGGAAAGCUACCAGCCACAAACACAAUCUUGUUUACCACCCAAGAGUCUCUGCUAGAAAAAGAGUUUAUGAGUUUAGCAAAUAUGGGAAAGCCAUGCACUGUAAGUACUCACUUGUUCAGCUCCAGAGAGUCCACACUGGAGAAAGACCUUUUGAGUGUGAGGAAUGUGGGAAAGCGUUUGGGUGCAAAUCCAAUCUUAUUCGGCACCAGAGAACCCACACUGGAGAAAAGCCUUACGAGUGCAGCGAAUGUGGGAAAUUCUUUAGACAAAGCUUCACCUUGGUUCAACAUCGGAGAAUUCACACCACAGCAAGGCCUUAUGUUUGUGUCCAGUGUGGGAAAUCCUUUAGCCAAAGAGCCACUCUCAUUCGACACCAGCGAGUUCACACUACUGAAAGGCCUUAUGAGUGUGGGGAAUGUGGGAAAGCUUUUGGAUCCAAAUCCAAACUUGAGCGACACAACAGAAGUCACACUGGAGAAAAGCCUUUUGAGUGUGGCCAGUGUGGGAAGUCCUUUAGCAGAAGAGCCAUCUUCACUAAACACCAGAGAAUUCAUACUGGAGAAAGGCCUUAUAAAUGUGGCGAAUGUGGGAAGUCCUUUAGUCGAAGCACAAGCCUUAUUCAGCACUGCAGUAUUCACACUGGAGCCAGGCCUUAUGAAUGUGGGCAGUGUGGGAAAUCCUUUAGGCAAAAGUCUGUUCUCAUUCAACACCAGGUAGUUCACACUGGAGAAAGGCCUUACGAAUGCAGUAAAUGUGGCAAAUCCUUUAGCCAACGUUCCAGCCUCAAUCUCCACCGAAAAUUUCACACUGUGGAGCGGCCCCAUGAAUGCAGGAAAUAUGGGAAAUCCUUUACUCCAAACAGCUAACAUUGUUUAGCAGCAAG